GUAAACAGAUUUGUUAGAGGCUGGUUCUAUUCGGACGAUUAUAAUAUGAAGUUGCUGUUACGGUUUAUAUACCACAGUACCAGUGGCAGUAACGCUAGUCGGCAGCAUUGUGAACGUUGGAUGACUGAAAAGAGCUGUGGAAGUUGCUGACACAAAUUUGUAUUUUGCUUUGUUGAAAAGUUUGCGCUUUUCUAGUCAUAUUUUCGUUAUUUUCUAUCUGCUAUAAUCUUUGCUUUUAUUGCAAUAUGUGGUUACUCAGUUAGAUUUUAACCGUGAACGCCAACGGACGAACAUGAGCAAAAUAAUUUAAAAUUGAAUCGUGGAUUGAGUUCAAAAUGCUUUGUUAACCUAAGUUUGAAGUUAAGCAAGUGCAAUAUUAGCUAUAAUCCCGAAAAUUAGUAUACGGCUAAAAUGAAAAUAUAACCGUCCAAAUUAAUUUUGUGUAUUAUUUCUAUAUACAAUUAAAAUACAGCAACAGCAAACUUAAAGCUAAAUAAAUAAAAUUUAUACCAUAGGUUACAUAUGUACAUAUGUAUAUGUAUAUAUAGUAGCAAACAAAAAAGCUGCCACAUGCUAAGACUGCUUCAAUUAAAAAUGUUUCUUUUUGAAUAAUUGAAAUGUGAUAUUACAAAUAAGCUACGAUCGCUGAGAAAAGAGAAAGUGUGUUGUGUUCUGUUACCUUUUCCGCAACUUUUGUGGCUCAGUGCUUAUUAAUGUAUAUGUACACUGCAUAUAGCCCGACUUAUUACAUAUUAAAAGUAAUUUCACUCUGCUUUUGCCGCAUGAGCUUACAUUUGUCAUUGUUGUUGAAAACAUGACAGACUCCGAACCGGUCAGUUUGGAGUUCAUCGAAGAUCCGUACCUGCCCAAAUUGGAUAAUAUCACAACUCCAUCACUAGAUGAGCCUACCGAAUUGGAUGAUCAAUUGGUGGACUUGGCCGAUUGGACAAAUGAGACUGAACAGUACUUAAGGGAUUUAACACUAGAUCAAAUUUUUUACGAUGUAGAUUCAGAUUAUACGAACACACUUGAACUUCAGGCUGUCGAAACGGAAUUUAUAGCAACAAAACUAGCCAAUCAAUUGCCUUCAACGUCAAUCGCAAAACGCUUCCGAUUACGAUUCUUUACGAAACGUUCAAUGCGUGAGGUUAAAGUGACGUUUAUUGAUUUCUCUAAACCAUAUUUAGCCAAGAUUUCGAGUAGUGAGAAUUAUAAGAGAUUCCUAAAUAUUGGUUCCACAAUUACCAAAGAUAAUACUUCAAAAUUAUCGGAACCGGCAUCUCCAGUAGCAUCUGUUGCGUCCGCUGAUAUUGCUGCCGAGUUUGCCGCACUCACCGCAGAAGAGCAAGAGAAGCAAAGGGCCGAAUGGAGUCAAGAACUUGCUCGCGUUGAAGAGGAAAUAAAUACAUUGCGUACAGUGCUGGCAUCGAAAACGCGACAUGCUUCAGAUUUGAAGCGCAAACUGGGAAUCACUAUGUGGAAAGAGAUUACCGACGAUAUGAAUCAAGGCCUGAAGAAUGUAAAAGAAAGUUCUGUUUUUCAAAGUGUUGAACAAAGUGUUGGCAAUCUUACGAAGGCCGUGCAUGAUGCCCCAAUUUUCCAACGUACCGAAUCGGUGCUCAAGUCCACAUCGGAAAAGACCGCUUCAGUAUUUGGUAGUAUAACUAGCGGCAUAACAUCAAAAUUUUCACAAAUGAAAAACUCGGAUUCGAUGCGUUCGAUCGAAGAGAAGGUUGGCUCAGCCUAUGAGAAUGUUAAAGUAAGCUAUGAACACAACAAUUUUUUGUGCCAACCCCAUGCGACAAGAGUAUCAACUUCGCGUUCGGGUUCAAUUAACAGUUUCCCUGAUGCCUUAAAUGAAAACAAUUCGUCGUCCGGCCUGAAUUCGCCCACGGAGUCAAUAACAAAAUAAGUUUGAAAUUAAAUUGUGUUGCGGUUUUUAAUUUUCUUCAAUAUAUUAGCUUUUAAUUUGAAAAGAAAAAACACACAUACACAUACAAAUAUAUACAUAUACACAUAUUAGCAAGUGGAAUAUUA